GAAGGGGGACGGUAGAGGCAGAGUUGUGUGUCCCGGAGUGCACGCACUCGUGCGGGAUUGGGAGCAGGAAAAGUCUAAAGGUUAGAUUGUAAGCAAAACCGAAGUCAUGUUUCGAAGACCUGUGUUACAGGUGUUUCAUCAGUUUGUAAGACAUGAGUCUGAAGCGGCCAGCAGUUUGGUUCUUGAACGAUCUAUGAAUCGUGUUCAGUUACUUGGGCGCGUAGGUCAGGACCCUGUCAUGAGACAGGUGGAGGGAAAAAACCCAGUCACGAUAUUUUCUCUGGCAACAAAUGAGAUGUGGCGAUCAGGGGACAGUGAAGUAUACCAAAUGGGUGACGUCAGUCAAAAGACAACAUGGCAUAGAAUAUCCGUGUUUCGACCAGGCCUCAGAGAUGUGGCGUAUCAGUAUGUAAAAAAAGGGGCUCGCAUAUUUGUGGAAGGGAAAGUGGACUAUGGUGAAUACAUGGAUAAGAAUAACGUGAGGCGGCAAGCGACAACAAUCAUAGCUGAUAACAUUAUAUUUCUGAGUGACCAGAUAAGAGAAAAGGCAUAGAACGGAUGAUUCUUCUUUGAUCAUUGUUUGGUACAGUCUCCUUUCCAAAUCAUGUAUAGUCUAUGGUUUAAAGAUAAAGAUUAAAAAAUUUUAUAUAAAAUGGGUGGCAAUAUUUUUCCUGACUGACAUAUCUUAUUUUGUGUAUGUGAAAUACCCCUCUAUUUCUGGUCAGUUGUGGCACUUACUAAUUGCUUAUUUUUCUAGGAGUGGUUUCUCUAUACAAGUGCACAAAGUAACGAACUCUCAGGCUCCCACAUAUAUGCUAUGUCCAAGUGGAAUGUUUGUUUGGAAGGUCUUCUUUUCUGAUUCACACUUGCACUGUGGUAUUUCAGCCACCAGUUACUUUUUAGCCUUGUAUAUCAGGAGUCUGUCCCAUAGUUGUAAAUACUUGUGUUCUUAACUUUCUCUGUAGACUUGAUGGUAAGUACUGACUCUGCUCUGUGUACCUGCAGCCAUAAAAGUAUACUAGUGUUGACACAGAAGAGCCAUUCAGUGAUCCUGACAGAUAAACGACCCUGAAUUAAUUAAAGGAGGCCAAAGUUACUAUCUCAUCUAAACUGCUUCAGGAGUAACCCACCUUCGUAUCUUGUUUGUUGAUAGUUUCACUGUAGUGUUUAUGAGACCUUUUGUCAGCCCCAAGGCCCGUAAUGAAGUAUAAGUAGAGUGGACACAGUCCUCUCCAGUUCCUUCAAUCCCUUUAGUCUCUUUCUUUCUACACCCCUCUCUGCUAUCCAUCUCAAAGUUUGUUCCAGAUCACCCUUGAGGGUGGAGAUGAAGUUGUUUUCGUGUACUGGGGAUCAAACCUACAGUCUCAAGUCAGAUAGGCCCUCUCCCAUGGGCUACACUCCCUUCGAGGAUCCCUUUAAUACUUUUGAUUUUGCCUCCUUAGAGAGUCGGUAUAUGUACAGUUAAUUUUAUUCUAAGUUUACUAGUUAGUGAUUUGCAAAUAAAGAUUAUGUAAACUCAGUAUUUUAUAUCUUUUUUUCUUUUAAAAUUUGUACCAUUCAUCCAUAGUCAGCCUGCAGCUUUCCAGAGGUUGGCUACUGCUCAGACUUGCUUUGUUCAAGUGUGGGAAGUUCCUUACUCUGUUCCACACUGCUCCCAGCUUGGUCCCCAGCCCAGCCUGUGUAUUUCUUCUUUGACCUGAGAGUUGAUGCCAGCUAUAGCUUAGAUUAUAUUAGAUGUAAGAAGUUCAGAGUCAUGUGCUAUGUUAUGGGCUCUUGGCUUUCUGAAGUGUUCUGUACUGAUAGUGCAGUUUGUUUGAAGGAAGGAGGAGUUCCUUGGCUUUACCCUGUCCUUACCAGGGACAAUAGAAGAUUGCUGUCAUCCCCAUCUGCCUAUUUUUUCUGCCACUGGGACCAUCGGUCAACAGACUAGAUCUUUCUGUGUUCACUCAUUGAAUCUGGUAGCACAGUCCUCUGUUUUGAGUAACUGCCAUGUCUUCCUUCAGUAAAGCAGUUUUUAUAAUUCUAAACGUUGUGAGGGAUUAUGUGUAUUUCUGAGUGAAAUUUAAACAAGGUGAAAGUGGAACACAUUUCAUCAUGUAUAAGAAAGAGCUAACCCAAAGCCAAAGCUGUUCCUGAGUCUAGGUUGUAGAAGUAGAGUAGUGCAUCCUGCAGGCUCAUCUCCAUGGGCUGGAGACUGCCUGCCCUCCCUGUCUCAGAGGCCGGAGGUGGGGGCAGCGGUACUCUCACUCUGGCUGACUGAC